AUGAAGAAAAAUUUGCACCCUGAAAAUCGCUUGGCAUCAGAUAUUCUGAAUUGUGGAAAGUCGAAGGUAUGGCUGGAUAUAAACGAGGUGGAGAGGCUGAACCAGGUGUCCACAAGGGACCAGGUUCGGCAGCUGAUUAAGGACAAUGUGAUAAUUAUGAAGCUAGACAAGCAUAACAGCCGUGGACGAUUCAGAAUAAGGAUGGCAGCAAAGAAGAAGGGCAGACACAUGGGCCUGGGAAAGAGGGUUGGAACAGCGAAUGCCAGGAUGCCGAAGAAGGAUUUGUGGAUGAAGAAGAUCAGAGCGAUGAGAGCAAUGCUGAAGGAGAUGAGAGCAGAAGGCACGAUAAACAAGGAGGAGUUCAGAGUGUUCUACAUGCAGGCGAAGGGGAAUCUGUUUAAGCACAGGUUUUACAUGAGGGAUUACAUUAUGAAGAAGAAGGGCGAAGAGGAGAGAGCAAAGGAGCUUAUGGGGCAGGCUGAGGCUUUGAGCAUAUCCAAAAACAAUGCGGUUUCAUCUUAA